UUAGCUAAAACGAAGAGACUGAUUUGGGGCAGCAGAAGAAGAAGAAGAAGAAAGGCGGGGAAGGGGAGGAAGCCAAAACAAUGGAAGCAAGCUCCGAGGAGAAAGCGGAAUUUGAAGAAGCGGAGAUAAAGUAUGUGAGCUAUGAAGGAGAGCAUCACCUGCCUCUCAUCAUGAGCUUGGUCGAUCAAGAACUCAAACAGGCUUUUCACAAGGGUAAAUGCGUGGGAACUGUGGUGUGCAAGAUGGGAGAGCAUAGAAAUACUUUCAGGGGCUACAUUGCCAUGUUAGUUGUAAUCAAGCCUUAUCGUGGAAGAGGCAUUGCCACUGAACUUGUUACCAGAUCAAUUAGAAUGAUGAUGGAAUCAGACUAUGAAGAGGUUACACUGGAAGCAGAAGUCACGAAUAAAGGAGCACUGGCACUUUAUGGCCAUCUUGGUUUUAUAAGGGCAAAACGGCUUUUUCACUACUACUUGAAUGGAGUGGAUGUUUUCCGUUUGAAGCUAUUAUUUCCUCGCCAAGAGUUGCACUAUUCUGUACCCGUUAUGACAAACAGAGACGAAGUCAUGAACAUGCUCAUCUGGAUAGCACUUGAAGAAUGUUCAGGUCUUCCAUACUCUGAAGAAAGGAUGAGCUGUUAGAUCUUGGGAUUUAUUGGUGCCCCUGUUUGUGAAUACAUUGGAGUACUUACGAGGACAGAAGAGCCGGACAGUGUCUUUGAGAAUAAUUACAUUUUUUACAUUGAUUGCUUGCAAACUAUGAGAGGGCUUGGUGGCAGAGAGGUAUAGUUAGUCUCUCUAGCAUAGUAUUACAUCUAGCUUUGCAUUUCAAGUCGUUGAGUAUUUAGUUCAGUACAAUAAUGACAGUAAACUACAAGAAGUUGUUCAAAUGCCACCCUUGCAGCAAUGUUAGGUGAUUCUGAUUUAUUAAGUUUACAAUUAUUGUAAUAUCCAUGCAAAGGUCACAUCCAAAGGGGCCCAACCUUUAAUUGUUGUAAUAUCUAAGUUUAUAAUUGUCAGUUCCCUAUUUAAUGGUGAAUUUGAAAUUCAUCUUCUUAUAGCCUUAAAAAUAUAUAGGCAUAGACAGAGUGAAUCUUACCUAAUUUGUGCAUAAUGUGUGCAUUUCAUUCUCUCAACUUUUAUAGCAAAUCAAAUCCAUAUCCAUCUCUCAAAUUCAUCUUUCCGAACAUAGCAUUAUAUUAUUUCACAAAUUAUGAUAAUGCGUGGAGCUCGAGUCAACUUUUUGGGCUCAUGCAUCAUUGAUAUGCUUAGAGGUCUUGUUAUGAUUUAUUUAUAUUUCCCCCUCUUGCAUUACCUGGAAAUUUUGGCUGGAGUUUGGCGUGAUCGGACCCUAUUUUGAUAUUCUUGGUUGUAGGAGCUUAGUUAUGACUAUGGCUGUGCCCUUGAUAGCGUUUAUGGUCCGGAUUGGGAGGUAAAAAGGAUGCCAUGCUACUGUGGAGCAGAAGAUUGCAGAAAGUGCUUUUUCUAGGUGCUGAAUUUUCUGCUCAUUUGUGUCACGCUUUUCAUGGCAAAUUGAGGGCAAUAUAUAGGUUUCCCAUGGUUUUGUAUAUGAUGAGGUGCUGCUGCUUGUUCCUUUUUAUGCCAAUGUUUGUUGCAAGUGUAAAACCUUGUCCCCUACACUAUAUACAGAUUUUAAUAGAUCAUAGCCCAAGGGAAUUGAUGAAAAAGAAAUAGCAACAUUUUGUUGAAGAUCAGUUGUAAUUUAUGCAAUAUUACUGAUAGAUAGAUAGGUACCUAGUUCUGGUUGUAAGACAUUUAUGCAUGGUGCUUUUGCGAUUUGUACAUAUGGGUCAUCUUUUUCCUGCAUUUGCCUUCCUCUAUAAGCUUAUUUUAUUAAGCUUGUAGUGAGACAACAUUUAGAAUGUCUCCUUUUUAUGCUUUAGAAAAUGUAUAUUCCUUGUUAUUGUUGAUUGGAAGGGAAAUUGAUGAUAUGAGAAUGCUAGAUUAUAUUCAUAUACUGCUUGUAAGGGUUUUUUCCCUCCUUGGGUGAGUUAUUUCAUUCAUCCUAAAAGUGAGUGGGAAAUGGCUUCCUCUUCUAAUUCUAAAGUAACUGUGGAAUGUGUUACCCAGCUUACAUUCCAUUUCAGGUUAAUCAAAUUUACAGAAUAAUCUAGUUUCCAUUCCGUUUCAUGUUAAUCCUCCAAUUACAGAAUAGUGCGUACGCUUUAUUUCCCUUUUCAAGCAACCAGAGCUUCGUUCUGUAGAUGAUGGUCAGGC